AUGUUACACAAUAUUGUUAAAUUUGGUCACUGUCGAAGAAAAGUGUUUCAUUUCUUACCACACGUACGAUGGACGCCUCGAAGAAGACUCAUUACUUCUGCACUAGAAAGUCCUGAAGUUGAUGUAGCCCUCAGUACCGGGAGAAUUUUAAAGAUUUCGUCCGGGAAGUAUGCACGUUUCGCCGAUGGAUGUUCUGUCGUUACGAUAGGCGAUACGGCGGUAAUGGUGACGGCUGUAGCUAAACAGAAAUCACAAAAUGCAUCUUUUCUACCGUUGGUGGUCGAUUAUAGACAAAAGUCGGCGGCAGCCGGUCGCAUACCGACAAACUUCCUUCGCCGUGAACUUGGACCAUCGGAGAAAGAAAUCCUUUCGGCAAGACUAGUCGAUCGUUCGAUACGGCCCUUGUUUCCUGCAGAGUUCCGGUACGACACACAGAUCGUUUGCAAUAUGCUGGCGAUCGAUUCAGCAAACCCACCGGAUGUUCAAGCGAUAAAUGGUGCAUCGGCCGCGCUUGCUUUGAGUGAUAUUCCGUGGAAUGGCCCCGUUGGAGCCGUUCGUGUAGGUCUCGUCGACAAUGAGGUGAUCAUCAACCCGACACGCAAAGAAAUGCAACUAAGUAUGCUCGAUCUUGUUGUAACGGCAACUCGGCAAAAUCUAGUCGUCAUGCUUGAAGGCCGCGGUAAUGUAGUAAACGAAAACGAGCUUCGAAUGGCCAUCAAAAAGGGCACGAAAGAAGCCCAGCUUAUUAUUAACGGUAUCGAACGGUUGCAAAAAUCGUACGGAAAGCCUAAGCGACCUCUGGAACCACUUCCGGCGGUGGAUGAUGAAAUUCAAAACGCCGUCCAGACAAUGUCGGAGAUGAGAUUGAGGGAAAUAUUCCGCGACUUUUCACACGACAAGUUCAGCCGCGAUCAGGCAGUCAGCAAAACACGCACGGAUACGAUCGAUAAGGUUUGGUCGAGCUAUCCAACCGCCGAUCCGAGUGUUAUCUCUGAAACAUUCAACAUAUUUGUAAAGGGUGUGUUCCGGGAUAUGCUCCUCGAAGAGAACCGUCGCUGCGAUGGCCGAGGGCUUGAUGAUUUACGCAAAAUUAGCUGCUCAGUGAACCUUCACAAACCCCUGCACGGUUCCGCAUUGUUCCAGCGCGGUCAGACGCAGGUGUUUUGUACAGUAGCUCUAGAUUCUCCCGAAAGUGCGUUACGAUUGGACCCGAUCGCGUCACUCGACAGCGGUAUGAAGUCGAAAAAUUUCUUCUUGCAUUACGAAUUUCCACCGUACGCCACGGGGGAGACCGGUAAAAUCGGGCCAAUAGGACGUCGUGAGAUAGGACACGGAGCGCUAGCUGAAAAAGGUCUCUUACCAAUUAUUCCGAACGAACAUCCGUUCACGAUACGGCUUACCUCGGAGGUGUUAGAAUCGAACGGUUCCAGUUCGAUGGCAACGGUGUGUGCCGGUUCGAUGGCAUUGAUGGACGCAGGAGUUCCGGUGCAAGAGGCAGCCGCCGGUGUAGCGAUAGGUUUGAUUACCAAAUACGAAAACAACGACACGAAACAUUUGGAGGACUAUCGCAUACUUACCGAUCUGCUCGGCAUUGAAGACUACAUGGGUGAUAUGGACAUGAAGGUUGCCGGGACUCGGCGUGGCAUGACGGCAAUACAGGCCGACAUAAAGGUGCCCGGCAUACCAUUGAAAGUGGUAAUGGAAUCGCUACAAAAAGCGAUGGAGGCUCGCUUUAAGAUUCUUGACCUGAUGGACGAGACGAUCGGUACGGCACGUACCGUCCGGAAGGAUUGUUGGCCCGUGACGGAUCGAUUGGUGAUCGAAGCUCACCAACGCUCAAAGCUGCUCGGUCCCGGUGGCACCAAUUUACGAAGAUUGUACCUCGAAACGGGUGUACAGCUAACUUCCGACGAUGAAACAAGCUUCCGGAUAUUCGCUCCAUCCGAGGCAGCAAUGCACGAAGCUAAGGAAUAUCUUGAGAAUCUGCUGAAAGCUGAAAAGAUACCGGAUCUGGAGUUUGGAGCCAUCUAUACGGCUCGGAUAGUGGAGCUACGAGACACGGGCGUGAUGGUCACGUUGUAUCCUUCAAUGCCACCGACACUUCUUCACAACUCGCAACUCGAUCAACGCAAGAUUGCCCAUCCGUCAGCGUUGGGAUUGCCAGUAGGUACUGAAAUACAGGUUAAAUACUUUGGACGCGAUCCAGUUUCGGGAUAUAUGCGCCUUUCGCGUAAAGUAUUGCAAGGUCCUGCUACUGCCAUGAUUCGGAAUCUCGAUCGCCCUGUUGCGGCAGCCGGUGGAACUGGGGCCACGAAUCAAACAAACAACAGUGCGGAUGAUGUGAAAAGUUAG